AUGUUCGAAGCAAGAUUGUUAAAAAGUGGCCAGCUCAAAAAGAUUUUGGAAGCUAUUAAGGAACUCUUGAAAGAAGCUACAUUCGAUUGCUCUGAUUCCGGAAUUCAAUUGCAGGCUAUGGAUGACGCCCAUGUUAGCUUAGUGUCCAUGUGUUUGAAAAGUACUGGUUUUGAUAAAUUUCGUUGCGACCGGAACUUGUCUAUGGGUAUUAAUCUAGAAAGGUAUUUUGGUAGAUUACAUUAAUAUAAUACCUGUAGUAUGAUGUAAACAAAUUAUUCAUAUUUGAUUAUUAUUUUAGCAUGGUAAAAAUCAUGAAGUGUUGUUCUAAUGACGACAUUAUGACCAUCAAAGCCCAAGAUAAUGCUGAUACAUUAACUAUUAUGUUCGAGACGAAAAACCAAGAAAAAAUGUCUGAUUACGAAAUGAAAUUAAUGAAUUUGGAUCAAGAACAUCUUGGUAUACCUGUAUGUUGAUAAUUCACACACUUACUUUAAACACAUUGAUUAUUUGCCUUAAUUAUAAACUUAAGCCAUUAUUAAUUAGUCUAGUGUGUACUAAAUGAUUUAAUAAAUCACACUUAACUUAUCUAAUGUAAUUUAGCAUAAUUAUCAACUGUGAUAAAAGAGCAUCCAUCAAAUUUCACCUUUUUCAGGGAGCAAAAAAAAUCAAAAAAGUUUUUUAAUGACGUUUAUCAUGGAAAACAAUAAAAUUACUCGUACACAUAAUAUCUUGUGCACAAAGUAUACAUGCCUUGAAUAUGGUAUAUGCCCUUUUAAAAAAUUAGUGUUGAUGCUAUUAUAUUUUAAAAGGGCGCCUAGAUAUCUUGAAUCCAACAUCACCAACUUAAUUUUCUGUGUUAAAAUACGCCCUUUUAACAAAAUACAAUUGAUAUAAUGUGUAGUGAUGAUAGUCAAUAAUAUCUUCCCCCUCCUCAUAUAAUGAUUGUUCGAGUUUUAUGUCACUCUUGAUCAGUUGCAUGCCUAGAUCAUAUAAAAUUAAUAUAGCAUUGGAGCCGCAGCCUGUGUAAAUAACUUGAAUUACAUGUUGUAUAAGGUCACAUAAUGAGAUUUGCUAUCUGCAUAGUGCGAAUGUAUUAGUAUACUUUUCACAUAUUUAUUUUUCUUGGUGAAAAUUAAAACACAAUAUAUAACAAAUUAUAAAUUAUAAUGUGAUCAUUUUUUUAAAAAAAAAACAAAUUUAAAUUAUCUAUUCAUUAAUAAAUUAAGUAAUAUAAAUUAUUACUGAAAAUAGUUAUUUGGAUAGAUUGUGACAAUUAAAUUUACGCAUGCACAGAUUAUGUGCCUCAACAAGUAAUCCAUUGCUUGUAUGCCCUUUAAGUUAUUUGUACAUGAUUCUAUUUAUAGCUUAUAAUCUGAGGAUCUUUUACCUUAGUUAACAUUAACCACAUUGACCAAUGUUAGUACAUUAUACCAAGUCACUGGUUAAUGUCAGUUCUUGUACUUCUUGUACUUUAAUCCUUAAUUAUUAUGAAAUUUGUUUUGAAGAUUGAAUAAUAUUACUAUUUAUUUUUAGUCAGAUAUUAUAUAUUAUUUUAUGUAUGCUAUGUCAAUUUAUGAUAAUAGCUUUAGUAGACCUUUCUUAAAAUUUUUUAUUAAAAAUCUUGACUAUCUUCACUAGUACUCACAUAACUCAAAGUAUUAGUGCACUUUUUUAAAAAAAGCAUUGAUCAGUUCCAUUAUCUCAAAAUUAGGUCAUGAAAAAAUGUUCACUGUGCAUUUUGUUCUGAAAAAAUCUUAAUAUAUUUAUAUAUAUUGUUUUAAUUUUAGGAAACAAAUUAUUCAUGUAUUAUUAAAAUGCCAUCAUCCGAGUUUGCAAGAAUUUGUAGAGAUUUAAGUCAGUUUGGAGACUCUCUUGUUAUUGCUUGUACUAAAGAAGGAGUGAAAUUCUCUACAUCGGGUGACAUAGGAUCAGGUAAAAUGGCAGAAAAUGUAAAAAAUUAAUAAAAUAUAAUUUACUGUUAUUUAUUUCAAUAUUCUAGCAAAUGUCAAACUUUCCCAAACCUCAACGUUUGAUAAAGAAGAAGAAGGAGUAACCAUUGAGAUGACUCAAGCUGUGUGUUUAACAUUUGCAUGUCGUUACCUAAAUUUGUUUUGUAAAGCAACUCCUUUAUCAACACAAGUACUAUAAAUCUAUUCAAUAAUAUUUUUUAUUAAAUUAAUAUGUAUUUUCUUAUUUAGGUUAUUUUGUCCAUGUCUGGAGAUGUUCCUUUAGUUGUAGAAUACCAAAUCGAAGAAUUGGGUUGUAUCCGGUAUUAUUUAGCACCUAAAAUUGAAGAAGAUGAUUAA